AUGAAUCUGACUGCAAGACGUGAAAGAUUUCGCGCAAUCCUGGCGGGCGACCGGUGCGUUCACCCCGCCUCCGUAUUCGACCCCAUGUCGGCCAGGGCCGCCGAGGAUAUCGGUUUCGAGGUAGGCAUGUUUGCCGGUUCCAUCGCUUCCGGCACGGUGCUGGGCGCCCCUGACCUCAUCGUCCUGACCCUCACCGAGUUUGCCCAGCAGAUCCACCGCAUCUGCCGCGCCGGCGACAUCAGCCUGAUGGUUGACGCCGACCACGGCUACGGAAACGCUCUCAACGUGAAGCGCACGGUGGAGGAACUGGAGACAGCCGGUGUAUCCUGUCUGACCAUCGAAGACACCCAGCUACCCUUGGGCUUUGGCGCCGCCGGAGAGGGUCAGUUAAUCUCCGUGGAAGAGGGCAUAGGCAAAAUGAAGGCUGCCCUGUCCGGUCGCCAGGACCCCGCCCUGGUCGUCGCUGGCAGGUCCAGCGCCCUGCGGGUUACCGGCCUGGAGGAUGCCAUCAAGCGGGCCAAGGCUUACGAGGACGCCGGGGUUGACGCCAUGUUCCUCGCCGGUGCCCAGACCCGAGCCGAGGUCGAAGCCGUGUCCGCCGAGGUAAACAUUCCGCUGCUUUUGGGCGGUGCCGGCGGCGAACUGGCCGACCUGGACUUCCUGAGCGGCGCCGGGGUUCGCGUUGCCCUCCAGGGCCACCUUCCCUUCGCAGCGGCAGUCAAAGCAGCCUACGACACCAUGAAAUCGCUUCGGGAUGGGGUCAAACCCGCCGACCUGACCGACACCCUGGCCUCCCCCGAACUAAUGAACCAGCUAACCCGCCGCGACGAUUACAACCAGUGGGUCAGGACUUCUUGGGGUAGGGCUCCACUCCUGUCCCCGCACCAGCCUUUUAAACCGAACGCAAGCUAA